AUGUUUACUGCACCUCUCUCCAUCGCAAUCCUUUCCAUUACUCUCUUGUACUGGGUUGUCCGCGUCUACCUCAAUUACCUCCGCUAUGAACGUACCGCUGCGCAAUUUGGCUGUCCGCCGCUUAAGCACUACCCUGGUUGGGACAGAAUCCUGGGCCUUGACUACGUCUACGCUAUGUUCAAGGCGCUCAAAGAGGACCGCUUUCUCGAGUUCCAGACUGAGACCUAUUCCGCCCGUGGCUCCAAAGUCUGGACGGCCAACUUCAUGGGCAACCGCAUGGUCUACAGCUCUGAGCCCGAAAACAUGAAAGCCAUGUCGACGUUGCAAAGGGACUGUUUUGCCGUUGAGCCGAUCCGCGUUGCGAACGGCGCAAUAACACCAUUCACAGGCCGUGGAGUCAGCUCAUCCGAUGAACGGGAUUGGCCGCAUAGAGACAUGGUCACUGUUAUGCGCGGGCUGCGCCUUCGGCUGCAGCUGAGCUCGUUCCUAUUUCUGCAUCGUGACAAGGAAUGGUUCGCAACCUGUAAACGGAUCCACGGCUUCCUUGAUGGUUACAUUGACAAGGCUUACAAGCAUUUGGAAUAUGAGAAAAGUGGCAAGCCUGCUACUUACGCAAAUGGGGAGCCUUGA